AUGAUACUGAGGGGUGAAUUGGCAGAUUACCUUACAACAAAGGAGUACGUGAAGCCUCAGGAGGUUAACCCCCGGAGAGUCGAAGCCCAUAAACUGAGGAGGCUAUCCUCGAUAAACACUAUUGCUUCGGGAAGCAUUAACAUCGGGUUCGGCGAUGGAGACCUAUCUAAAGUUCAACUUCCCCACGAAGAUCCAUUGGUCAUCAGUCUUCUGAUGACGAAUUGCAUGAUUAAGAGGAUUUUGAUAGACCCAAGAAGUAGUGCCGACAUCAUCACAAAGGCGGUCUUUGAGCAACUAGAGAUUCUGUCGUCAUCAAUUCGGCCUACCUCUAGGCUAUUGAUGGGGUUCGAUGGUACAAAAGUGGAUCCCCUUGGGAUGAUUGACUUAUCCGUAACCAUGACAAAGAGGACUCUAAAGGAAAACUUUGUCUUAACAGAGAUCCACCCUUCCUAUGAUCUUAUUAUAGGAAGAGGUUGGAUCCACCGAAUGAACGGAGUUCCGUCUACCCUUCACCAGCAAUUACAGAAUCCUCUGCCCAGGUAUCUAAGCGCAGAGGAAGAGGCCGAAGCAGAAAAGCCUACCAAGGAUUCCCUGGAAGCUGUCGAAGUAAUCCUCGACAAUCCUCAGAAAAUCACCUACUUGGGUUCUUCCCCCACAGCCAAAGAAAAAGAAGCAUUAAUCAAUUUCGUUCGACGAAAUGCAGAUGCAUUUGCUUUGGAGCAUUCAGACAUGGUGGGGAUCUAUCUUUCAGUCUCAUGCCAUAGCUUGAAGGUGGAUCCGACAUACAAACCAGUCAAGCAGAAGCAUAGAAGGUUUGCCCUAGAGCGCAACCAAAUUAUAGCUAAAGAGAAGAAGAAUGGAAAAUGUAGGGUUUGCAUAGAUUUUACCAAUCUCAACAAAGCCUGCCCAAAAGACAGCUUCCCGUUACCCAAGAUUGAUCAGAUGGUUGAUGCCAUUACUAGUUUUGAGAGGCUCACGUUUCUUGAUGCGUACUCUGGCUACAACCAAAUUCCUAUGAAUCCGGAGGAUGAAGAGAAGACUACUUUCAUAACGGAGAAGGGUACCUACUGUUACAGAGUUAUGCCCUUCAGGCUCAAAAAUGUUAGAGCAACUUACCAGCGCCUCUUAACAAGAUCUUUGAUGAAAUGUUGGGAAAGACGGUUGAGGCCUAUAUCGAUGAUAUGGUGGUUCAAAGUGUGA